AUGAAGAAGUGUGAUAAUGAUAGAAUAGCACAAUAAAUGUGUGUUAGCUAAAUGUUAAAGUUAUAAGGUAAAAUUUUAGAAAAGAAAUUCCCCAAAAAUAGAUCCAAGAAUUAAAUUGAAACAUAAUCAUAAAAUAUUUCGAAUAACAACAGUCCAGUCGUUGGAAGAUAAAAAUCAUUUGAAAAUAUUCAAAAAGUUAACAAAACUUUUAUUAAUUAACCAGCUUCUUAAUAGAAGUUGGGUAGUAUUUUAAAUGUAAUCAGUAGUUCAUAACAAAUGAAUAAAUAAUAAAUGUAUUCCAUUAACAACGAAUUGAUUGAAACAGUUAAGAUUUCCCAUGAAUUACGAAAAAACUAAUCAAUGAUGCAUAUUGAUUCAUAAUCUCCUGCUUAAACUAAAAAUUAUUCAUUUCAUCAAUCAGUUAAAAAUAAAAUAAAUAGCAACAGCGUAUCAAGUGAUUAAUCAUAAGUUUAAAAAAUAAAAGAAAAAAUUAAAGUUUUAUUAUAAGAAAGAGAUAAAAAUUUAUAAUAAGAUGCUCUAGAAUUGACGUUUAUGACCAAAUUUAAUUAAAUGUUACAUUAAUUAGUAGCAGCUUUAUUUUAAGAACCUAAUUUAUAAAAUUCAUAGCCUUAAAUAAAUUUACCUUCUUCAAAUUCAGAUACAUUUUAAACUAUAUAAGUUGAUCAUUUCUUUAAAAGAUAGAUAUAAAUUUUAUAAUAAACUUAUUAAUUUUAAUAAGAAAAAAAGAAAUUGGAAAAUAGCUUACUCCAAAUAAAAAAGAAUUACUAAGUAUUAAUUUAAGAGAACGAAUAAUUAUAGAGUAAUAAAACUUAAUAAAAUGAAAAAAUUGAAUAAUUGAACUAAUAAAUAUAUGAUUUAAAAAAUAACAAAGAAAAUACACAAUUAUAAGCAGGUAUUUAUAUUAAAUUUAUUGUAGAAACAUAAGAAUUAAAGUUUCUUGUAUAAGGAUAAUUUGAAGCAAUACAGAAAUUAUUGUAAAGAGAAUAAUUAAUGAAAGUAUUUUUGAAGAGGGUUGGUGAUAGUUCAAUAAUAGAGUAUAAAUAAUAUGAAUUAAAAUAGAAUGUUUGAAUAGUUUAUAUCAAAUGCUGAGAAUAUUAAUUAAGAUGAUACUGAUGGGAAUUUAAAUGUAGAUAUGUUACCUUAAAAAUAACAAAAAUAAUCAUAGAAGAAUGUUUAACAAAAAGAAAAUAAUUAAAUUACAGAUAUGAUUAUUUAGAAAUAUGAAAAAAGUUAUAAAUAAUUAGAUUUAUGUGAUUCAUUGUUAGCUGAUGAUUCAAGUACAUAUAUAAUUAUUAUAUAUUAAUAGGAGUAAAUGAUUCAGAAGAAAGCAGCUUUGGAUAUUAUGGAAAGGAAUAAGCAACAGAAGUUAGUUGUUAUUUUGCUUAAGCACAGUAAUAAAUUUUAAUUGAUUCAUAAUAGACAAUUUGAAUAAUAAUAACCAUAAUCAAAGAAAAUGAGACUGAACAUGAAAGAUAAACUAAAGAUCAAAAUGAUGGAUAUUUAGUUGGCACAAGCAGUGUAUUCAAAUCAAAUUAAUAUUUUAGUUAGCAGAAUGCAUUUAUUUAACAAGAAUAGAAAUAAAUGAGUGAAAAGAUAUUGCCUGAAAAUAUUAACAGUGAAGAUGUACAUUAAAUUUAUAUAAGUAGUUUUGA